GAGUUGAGCGUAGACAUAACAGCAUCUCAACCAACAACAAGUCUGCCAACAUCGGGCUCAGGCCUCAGCCUCGGAUACUCUAGCCACAGAAGCCAAAAGCGAGAGCCUUCUCAACCAGUAGUUGUCGCUGGUGAUGUAGUAGUCGUCAAGCAGCUUUUAUUUCGCCAACGGUUCAGGUGAGCCGCGCGUGACUCCUUCUUAUAAGCUAAGCGGUCUUCGAGCGCUGUUUUGCAUCGCGAAACGUCUAGUUACGGUGUGCAUGAGCGGAGUUAAUAGGAUAAUCCAAUUCUGACUAGAUCAGAACUUGUGUACAAGUGUGCAAUCGUUUGAAUUCGAUAUUCGAGAGCAGCCCAGACGGAAUUUACGAACCGAUGGCUUAAAACUAGGGUACGGGAUUCGUGUUCAGGUUUUACAAGUGUGGUUUUUUACUUCUUCUCGCCUUGGGAAGCCCGCGUUCGAAGAGUCAAACGGAGAAACAAAACUCCGGAAACGGUACAAGUUUUUUUUCCUUCACUUUGCUUGUCAAACUUCUUUCGCGAAACAAGAUCCAAAGGAAAUGCGCCUUGUACAAAAAGAAGAUAUGUUAUCAUCAAAAGUCGAAUUGAAAUCGCGAUAACAACGUUUAAGAAAAGUGUGACAGAUAAUCAAUAAAGUGAGUGAGCGUAAAAAAAAACGAAUCGAGGGAAAGGAAAAUUGUUACAAAUUCAAUGUGCCUGUCGUGUGUGGAGAAAGAGGCAAGAGUUGAGUCAAGUGUGUGUAGUUUUUUCUCAUUCCUAGAGGUCUUGGAAAAGUGUUUGGGGCUUUGCCGGGGGAACAGUGAAAGGCCCGAAGAAUCCCAUCGAGUGGCAGCAGAGGAAGAAGAAGCAAAAGAGGAAGAAAGGUGAUUGGCGCAGUGCGUUUCAUGUAUGUUUCAAGAUCCCCAGCAUACUUUGCGACGACGGUGGAAUGCUUGAUAAAAUAAAAUAUAAGCAGCAGAAUAACAGGAGAAAAAAUGCUGAAUGAAAACACGAAGAGAGUAUAACAUAUUUGUAUAAAGAUUCAGCAGAAGAAACGAAAAGAUAAUCAAAACGCAGCAGCAGAAGCAAGAGGUGAACAAGAAGAAGAAGCUAUCAAUGUAGCAUAGUUGGCAAAUGAUAAAACAACGCUACAGAUUCAGAGAUCUCUGUGGUAGAUCUUGUGGAGCCUGAAUCCUCAGCAAAGAUGUUUGGCAUGGCAAAGGGGUAGCUUGGGGGAACCAUGUGAGGAAGUGAGUUGAAUAAGAAAAAAUAUAUAAUAAAUAUUCUCUCGUGAUUAGUGUUUCGUGGUAAUGACAACAUGAAAGCGUUUUCGUAUCUUGACCAGUGUCACCUUAAUCGUUCUGAUUACCAUUUCGCGAAGGCAGAGCUGCUAUGGUGACAGAGUGACAAAGGUGGUGAUACCAACGGUCUACUUAUGUGUGGGUGUUUCUACUUUAUACCAAAAGAACACGAUAGCUUUGGCCUUCGAUUGUUCUAUAACGUGACCCAGUGAGGUGAGUGGGUGAUAAAAGCUCAGUUGAGACAGAGAGCAGCGGUUGUGAUCCGAGGAGAGGGAAAUUUCGGAGAACCGUGCUGACAACCCACGGAGACCCCAGCAUUUAGCGCGAAAUACUCGGCUAAAUAAACUGCGCUUUGCGUGAUCUUUUUUCGUAACAGGAAAAUAGCUGCAAACACGAGCAUGCACGCGUGGCUUUUUGUCCUCGCGGUGCUGGCGAUUCUACAGGGUGUAACGCAAGUCGCUAGCACCGGCGAUCAAUCCUUCUUACCUUCCGACAGCACUAGCAGAAGCAACAGUAGGAGUAGCAGCAGCAGCAGUAGUAGUGAAGAUGUCCACAAUCAACCCGCAGCGGCCAGCCAGGCGUUCGGUGACGCGAGCGUGGCGCAAAGUGAGCCAAAGGUGGACGAAGAUAGUUUAGACCGGGCCGGUGCGUUGCAUCUACAGAUGGCAGAUGCCGCGGAGUUCGCGGAGCAUAGUGAUAGCAACAGCAGCCUAGAUCAUAGUGAUAGCAGUAGCAAUAGUGAUAGCAGUAGAAUUAGCCAUAGUAAGCCCGAUCCUGCAACGCUAGUCGAAAUCGAGAAGAACCUUUUAAGUCUGUUCGGUUUUCCCAAAAGACCAAAAAUUGAUAGAUCUAAGGUGGUGAUACCGGAGGCGAUGAAGCAGCUGUACGCCCAGAUCAUGGGCCACGAUCUGGUCGACUCCGUCAACGUGCCAAAGGAAGGGCUCAACACGCGCAACGCCAACACCGUGCGGAGUUUUAUACACGAAGAGAGUCAAAUAGACGACCGCUUCAAGCACCACCAUCGCUUUCGCUUGAUGUUCAACGUGUCGAACAUUCCGCGACACGAGAAGCUACGGGCCGCCGAGCUUGCCCUGAACAGGGACGCCAUCGAGGAUAAACGGAGCCGUAUUGUCCAGCAUCACGUGCUGGUGUACGACAUCCUGCAGCCGGGGGUGAAAGGCAAACGGGUCCCUUCCUUUCUGCUGAUCGAUUCCAAAACGGUUCGAAUCAACGAAACGGGAACGCUCAGUCUGGAUGUGCUCCCCGCCGUUGAGCGGUGGCUGCGCACUCCCAAGCGCAACUACGGACUGUUUAUACAGGUCAUCAGCAAGAGCAGACAGAAGCCGCAAGGUGUGCCAGAACAGCACCACGUGCGGUUACGACGAAGUAUAGACGAAAGUCACGACAAAUGGUCCCAGAAGCAGCCGCUACUGCUAACCUACACCGACGACGGACGCCACAAGCAGCGUCCCAUCCGGGAUGCCAUCAGCAAUGCGAACCGGGCCAGGCGAACGCCCAUGCGGAAUCGCCGAAGGAAGAACGGUAGCGAUACGUGCCAGCGGCGUCCACUCUGGGUUGACUUCAGCGACGUCGGGUGGAGCGAUUGGAUCGUGGCGCCUCCCGGGUACGAGGCGUACUACUGCCACGGUGACUGUCAGUUCCCAAUCGCAGACCACCUGAACACGACCAACCAUGCGAUCGUGCAAACACUGGUCAACUCGAUCAGUCCCAGUUUGGCGCCGAAGGCCUGCUGUGUGCCCACUCAACUCUCCUCCAUCUCGAUGCUCUAUCUGAACGAGCAGAACAAGGUGGUACUGAAGAACUACCAGGACAUGACCGUGGUCGGCUGUGGAUGUCGCUGAAACUACGUGCUAUACACUGCACCGCGGAUUCUCUGUAAAUUGCUAGAAACACUGUAUUAUAUAACUGGGUAUCCUCUUAAAGAAGAUACCGACGAAACAAUCUAUUUUGUUUUUAAUCGGCCGGGCCGUAGGUUACAGAACGUACUAAAUUGUAAAUUUGUGCAACUGGAUAAAAAGAAUGGUUAGGGAUCGACUUCGAACGAACGAGUAAGAAUGCGUGACUUCCAAUAAGGACUCCUAAACGCAGUUUAGGGAAAUCACUAGGUGUUAGUUUUAACUGUACAAAAGUAAAUAGAUUUAUAGGUGUGCGUGUAUUCUCCAGAAUGAGCCAUGUGUGUGUGAUAUUGUUUGUUCAGAUUUUUUGAAAGUUCAGCAUUGAAAUGCUAGGAAGGUAAGCAGCUUGCAGCAAAUCCGCUUUUGUACAUAGAUCUAAUUUAAAAGUUAGCUAAUAUAUUUAACUAAAAACUCUAAGAUCAUUGUAAAAUACACUACAAAUCAUUCUAGAUUGCAUCUGAAUAGGGAAGCCUUGAAGUGAGAAAAAAAAAGAAGAUUGUUUUAUAAUGUAAACGAACAAUAUUUGUUGAAGCAUUAUGUUUUAUUUAUUGUGUACGGUAGAAGAGAACGCAUCUCGCGAACUUACAAAGCAGCACGACAGGAAUGCUAGGGGCAGAAGGUAUCUUCUGGUAGGCACGAAUCACUUCGAAUGUAUAGUCGUUUCUCGUUAACUAAUGAAUCCUAUAAAAAUGCACGUACGUAAGCAGUGACUGUACUCCUCAUACUAUCCAAUGCUACUGUAUCUUGUAAAUUUAUGUAAUAUAAUAGUACCUGUAUGUGAGGAAAAGUAUUUAUUUGAUAAAUCGUCGGAAAUUGAGGAAGAAAUAAAAUUCUGUAAAAUUUAUAAAUUAAA